AUGAUGGAAAAUCUCAUACCGAUUCUGACGAUGUCAAAGAGUUUACUCCAGAGAGAUGACCCGCUUCCUCCGGAUGAAGACGUUGGGCCAAUCUCGGUCUCGCUCGCAGCCGUGUUGACGGGGUUUCUCAUCAUUACCACUGGCCUUCGACUAUGGGUGCGAACAGCUAACCGAAAACUUGGCUGGGACGACUGCACAAUCAUACUUGCCGGUCUAACGGCCAUAAUUCGAUUUGCAUUUUGUGUCAAGCAAGCACAGCACGGAAAUGGCAGACACCGAGUAUACCUCAGCGACUACGACUAUAUGAUGAUCAAUAUGUACGGAUGGUAUGGCCAGGUCUUCCUCUUCAUCUCUGUAGCUUUUCUCAAAGUCUCGAUUUGUCUUUUGAUUCUUCGAAUCAAGGAUACAAAGACUCUGAAAAUACUACUUUACAUCCUGAUGGCCGGAGUCUUGAUCACGAACUUUGGGAUUGUCAUUAUUUUGAUGGCGGAGUGUCAUCCAGUAGGCUUCUGGAGAGGAAAGUCGGCAACAUGCUGGCCGACCGAAAUUCGGAUUUAUUCGAUAUAUGCUACAAUUGCAUACUCGGUCUUGACAGAUCUAAUCUGCUCACUACUUCCUCUCGCUGUAGUAUGGAACGUCAAAAUGCCGCCAAAGACUAAACUUUCUGUUUGCUUCUUAAUGGGGCUUGGCCUUGCUGCAACCGGCUUCGGAAUCGCAAGGGCCGCUUCCCUUGGAAUAUCUACAACAGAUCUUAGCUGGGUAUAUUGCAUUGCCGGAAUCUGGUCGAAUCUCGAGCUUUUCCUAGGCAUCAUUGCGGCCAAUCUAGCCCUUUCGCGCUCAAUUUGGGUUCAUUUCUUCGGAAGCAGGGACAAUCAGACACUUCCUGGCUCCACAGGUCGUUCCAAUCCUGCUGGGUCAGGUUAUGUAAACAGCAAGCUCCGAGGCGAUCGAUUCGAAGUCCCCUCCACGAUGAUUCGUUCCCACAGACGAGGUUCGGAGACAAGGAGCUCAAAUAGUGAUAUUCCACUAGAGCCAGGUAUCCAGAAAAAAACGGAGUUUUGGUGGACAGAAGACGAUGAUGCUCAGUCGAAAAAUACUUCGAUGAGGUUUGACCGAACGCCGGAUAAGUAA